ACAGUUGGGAAGGACAAGAGACAAAGUCCAGAAACAGCUGGAGUCCAACAGGAGAGUGCAACACCAGUUGGAAAAAGACAUGAAUGAUAAACACAGAGCUCUCCAGAUCGACAGCCACUGUCACACACUGACCAACUGUUCUCCUGCAACCAGUUAUUACCCUGACCUCAGCCUGGUAGAUACCAGUGUCUCAGUGCCGGUGUCUUGGGUUCAGUAUUCGGAGGACAACAUCGGGAAGUCGGCGUCGGAGAGACGAGCCACGCGGGAGCUAACGGAGCUGGUGGAGGGAACCCUGGUUGCCGCGGCGAGAGACAUGUGGUCUCAGUACAACCGUGUCAACGCUGCCUUCACACUCCGUGUCAACCAGACCACACACACGCUAGGAACACGCUUACAACAGCACCUGGCCAAGACCCUGCAGGAGAUGCAUCAGACGGAGCGUACCAUCUCAGAUUUGAGGGGUCCAUCUGGGCGAUGAGAGCUCCCUCAGAGUGGCUCAGUCUAGGCUGAGGAACGCACCUAUAGACCUAACAUAGAGCUCUGCAGGGACCAACCACACACCAGGUUGCUGUCUGAGGUGUCUGCUCUCCAGACUGUUUUAUCUCUGAGACAGAGGUUGUUCGAGCUCCAGCUGUCUCUGCAGCUGGCUGGCUGUAAGAGUGUUUUAGAACAGGAGCUUUACACUAAGGCCCACUCCCUGUUUAUCGACCAGGAGAGAUGUCUAGGACUCCGCAAGACUUACCCCUCCACCCCUAGACUGGUGGGAUACACAUAGACAAGACAUACCCCUCCACCCCUAGACUGGUAGGAUACACAUAGACAAGACAUACCCCUCCACCCCUAGACUGGUAGGAUACACAUAGACAAGACAUACCCCUCCACCCCUAGACUGGUAGGAUACACAUAGACAAGACAUACCCCUCCACCCUUAGACUGGUGGGAUACACAUAGACAAGACAUAAACAGACACAUAGACAGAGCGAA